CGUACGGAUCACGUGGGUAGCGGACCUGCGGCUGAGUCCGGGGCGGCGGCCGCGCGGACAGGUGGCGGGACGGGCUUCGGAGACUGUGCGGCUUGCUGCAGGUUGCCAUGGCUGCUGUUGACAGCUUCUACCUCUUGUACAGGGAGAUCGCCAGGUCUUGCAAUUGCUAUAUGGAAGCCCUGGCCUUGGUGGGAGCCUGGUACACAGCCAGAAAGAGCAUCACGGUCAUCUGUGACUUCUACAGCCUGAUCAGGCUGCACUUCAUCCCUCGCCUGGGGAGCAGGCCCGACCUCAUCAAGCAGUAUGGAAGAUGGGCUGUCAUCAGUGGGGCCACAGAUGGCAUUGGAAAGGCCUAUGCUGAGGAGUUAGCAAGCCGGGGACUCAACAUGAUCCUGAUUGACCAGGAAGAAGAGAAGCUGCAGGCUGUGGCCAAGCACAUAGCUGAUACCUAUAGGGUGGAGACAGUUGUCAUAGUGGCGGACUUCAGCAGAGGCCGGGAGAUUUAUGCUCCAAUCCGAGAAGCCCUGAGAGACAGAGACAUUGGCAUCCUGGUGAAUGACGUGGGUGCGUUCUACCCCUACCCCCAGUAUUUCACCCAGAUUCCUGAGGACACGCUCUGGGACAUUGUGAAUGUGAACAUUGCGGCUGCAAGCUUGAUGGUCCACAUAGUGCUUCCGGGAAUGGUGGAGAGAAGGAAGGGCGCCAUCGUCACAGUGUCUUCUGGCUCAUGCUGCAAGCCCACACCACAGCUGGCGGCCUUUUCUGCAUCCAAGGCCUACCUGGACCACUUCAGCCGAGCCCUGCAGUAUGAGUACGCCUCUAAAGGGAUCUUCGUGCAGAGUCUGAUCCCCUUCCACGUGACCACCAGUGUGACUGCGCCUGGUGGCUUCCUGCACAGAUGCCCGUGGCUGGCACCUUCGCCGAGAGUGUAUGCUCAGCACGCGGUGUCGACCCUGGGCAUUUCGAAAAGGACCACAGGCUACUGGUCCCACUCUAUUCAGUUUCUUUUCGCACAGUAUAUGCCUGAGUGGCUCUGGGUGUGGGGAGCAAACCUUCUCAACCGCUCCCUACGGAAAGAGGCCUUAUCUUGCCAAGCCUGAAUCUGGAAGCUCUGGAGAAGCUGGGCCAAGCCACAGUAACCUGCAGUAUUCUGGCAUUUGGAAAACACAUGUAGUUCACCUGCAUAUUGUCUCUUCCUGAGUACCUAGUGUGUUACCAUCUUUCACGAGGCCGACUUUCAGUCUGUGAGAAAAACCUCAGGGACCACAUGGGUGGCCCAGGGCACGUAGUCACGAAGCCUGAGAACAGAACAGAACAGAAGGCUUCCCUAGCACUUAGAAUGUGACUGGCCAGCUCCUAUAAGGAGUUGGUUUCCUCUUAUAGGUGAUUAUAGUAUUGGCUUUCAGAUGUUCAUCAUGCUGGGCAUGGUGGCUCACGCCUUUAGUCCCAGCACUCGGGAGGUGGAGACAGGUGGAUCUUUGGGAGUUUGUCUGGGCUAUAUUGUGAGUUUCGGGCCAGCCAGGGAUAUAUAGUUAAAACCUAUCUCAAAGGAAAAUAUAUAAUAAUGUUCAUCAGAAAGACAACAGAAAAGUGUUAUUUUCUAACUGUGAACUGUGAGUGCAGGUGGUAUUAGCAGUAGAUGUGUGUGUCACACCAUAUAGCUCUAUGUGGGGGCAUGUGUGUGCACGCUGCCUUUCCCUAUGGUCCCCCUAGAACCAUGUGUGUACUGUGCGCUGUGUGUCUGAGCAAUGUUGUUGAUAUGACUUUAAUAGAGUCUUUGUCAGGACGAGGUAAUGGGGAGCCUUACCAUAUUAAAGGUCCAGGUUACUCCUUUUCACGUGGUAAUAGCCUGCCCAGCUAUGUCGUGGGUUUAACCAUGUCUGAUGCUGCUUCCUUUGUGUGGUUUUUGUCUAAUUCUGUGGGAGGGUUUCAUUUCUAAAUUGGGAUACAUAAUGGGUUGUCUUGAUUUCUAAGGUAAAAAUUGUGGCUAAGGAGUGAUUUCUUGGUACAUCCAUGUUGUAACUGCUUAUAGCUGGUUUUCAUAUACUUUUCUAUGUAACCCAAUUUCAUCCCAGGAGCACUGCUGAUAAAAUCAAGUGUUUGUCGAAUAGUGGUUAAAAUAUAAGCAACAUUUGUGUGUUAUAUGGUUUUUGGAAAUGGUGUUAGAAACUCAUUUUUGGCCUGUGUAAUGAAUGUAUACAUUAUAGGGAAUGCCUUUUUUGGUGUGGAGAUAAUUUACACAAACCCCUACAAUAUGGGUGAGCAUUGAAACUUACUGUGUUUAAUUUGGUCUUAUAAAACCAACCACUUAUAAGGGUUUUACAGCUGGCACUUGGGAAUCCAUAGGUCAUGGCAUCGAGUGCAGAAUGGAGGGAUGCGGCGCUUAACAUUGUGGUAUUGAUGCUGUGCCUGGAUGAAAAUGGGUGAGAUGCUGGGACUUGUGUGGAAUUAUUUUAGGUGACAUUCCAUCAUCUGUAGGCCCUGUGUGCUUUUAUGUUGAAUAUGCGCUUUGCCCACGACAUCCCUUGCGGCAUUUCUAGCUGGGCCUCAGAUCCAGAAGAUUGAAAUUCUUCCUGUCCUCAAUUAUGUCUUCAAAACAUGUGCAGAACCCCACGCUUGGAGGUAAUGGCAGGAGACCAGUGUUUGGAAGCUUCUGUCAUACUGACGGAACUUGGGCGAAUACGUGAUAAACAACAGCAUCUCCGCUUGAAACAUCACCAGGCAUGAUCCCAUGGGGGUAGGGGGAGGCAGGAGACUCAGGAGUUCAAGGCCAUCAUGGAGCACAUAGUGAAACCAUGGUUCAGUAAGCAGAAACCAUAGCAGGAAUACACUGUCAUUCUGUGUGAGGUCCUGUGGUCCAGUAUGCAGACUUGUCAGCAGCGCAGAGCUCUUGCUAUGACUGUAGUGAUGCCCCUCAGCAGGACUCAGAACACUGGUGCAGACUCAGAGCACAGUGAUCCAUGGCGCCAGCAGAAGACCAACAGGCAUCCUUAGGCUUCCAAGCUUUCAGACUCAGCCCCUCUGCUGAGAGUUACUCUUCUUACUGUGUACAUGGUGGGUUUUUGUUUGUUUGAACCAAGGAAGGAGGAGCUCUGAACUUAAACCUUUGUAACUUACCCUGUGAAUUGAAAUGUACCAAUAAAAGCAUCACUGUUUCCUUCAGAAGGUGUCACUGCCUUGUCCCUUGUAGACAGGAUGAGCAGAAGUUGACACCUAUGACUGUCACUGAUUAAACAUCAGGGCACACAUCAAUGUGCCCACUGCCUGCAGAGCACCCGAAGGAUUUUGCUCUUAUCUGCUGAUGGCUUAGUGGGUGAGGAUGGGUUAUGGACUCGGCAUGAUGAGUGUGGGUCACUCAUCAUGAGCCAUUUCAAUUUUGUGGUGGGUACAAAAGCCAGUUGUAGUAGGUUUUAAAAAGUGGAAAGAAAAAACUGAGAACAUAAAGUUCUCAACAGUUUUUCUUAACAUUUGUUCUUUAGUUCAUUAUGUGUAUAUUUGUGAGGCUGCAUGAGUUUGUGUGCACCAUGUGCAUAUAGAUGCUGUUGGAGGCCAGAGGGCAGCAGAUUCCCUGGAACUGGACCUACACAUGGUUAUGAGCUACUAUGUGGGUGGUGAGGUUCAAACCCGGGUCCUCGAGCCUUCUCUCCAGUUCCUAAGGUUUUAUUUUUCUUUGUAUGUAUGUAUCUGCGAGUGUAUGCCACCUUUGUGCAGGUGCCCACAGAGACCAGAAGAAAGAGUCAGAUGUCUGGACGGAAGUUACAGUUACCUGAUGUGGGUGACUUUCAAGUCCUUGGAAGAGCAAUAAGUGCUCUUAACCACUGACUCUCUCUCCAGCCCCCUGACCAGCUGUUUUUGUUGUUUUCCUCAGUGAUGUAAAAUCUCCAUAUAUGAGAACUAGAGGGUUGGUGGUGUCUCCUCAGACCUGAUGAUCCACGCCCUCAGCCUCUACUCCUGUCCACCCACAGUGAGCUGGACAUAGUCCCUGACUUAGGACUGAUGGUGCCUCCUGUGUGCUUUGAGUUUUGAUGUGUUUCCAGGAGAGUGGUAUAUGCAGUUUCAACACUCAGUGCUGGACAGCCGUGGCUCUGGCAGCUGUGUGGUCCAUGGUUACCCAGCAGUUAUCCCCUGGUGUCUGUGUGAGAUCAGCCCUGGGAGCCCCAUGGGCACCACAAUCUGAUGAUGCUUCAGGACCUUGGCUCAAAGGAAAUAGCGUUUACAUGUAACUGCACAGGUCCUCUGCAUGCUUGAAUUCUCUCUAGAUUACAGCACCGGACAUACAUGAACACAGUGUAUUAUGGACUCAACAUACCUUCCCAGUGAGAAGUCACUCCAGCAAUUAGAGACUAAUAAAGGAAACUAGGAAUAGCAUGGGACUGGUUCUAGCUACUGCCCCAAAGGGAACCAGCUCUGGACAGAAAUCCCCAUUUGUUGAAAUAAGCGGCGGGGCUGCGUCCCCAACACCCCGGCCGCUUGGCUAGCUUAUGCCCGAAAUAACAACACAUAAACUGUAUUCAUUUAAGAACUGCUUGGCCCAUGAACUCUAGCCCUUACAGGCUAAUUCUCGCACCUGGACUAGCCCAUUCUAAUGAUGUGUGUAAGCACCCCAAGGUGCGCUUACCGGGAAGAUUCUAGCCUAUGUCCAUCCUGGGUUGGAGUUGCCUGGGAGAGCUGAGCAUGGCGUCUCUGCUCCAGAGAGCAGAGCUGUCGGGUCUCCCCGGGAGCAGAGCAGAGUCUGACCUCACUUCCUCUUCCGCCCAGAAUUCUAUUCUGUUUACUCCUCCCAUCUAUGUUCUAAGCUAUGAGGCCAAGAAACUGUAUUUUUUUUAAACACUGCCUGGCCCGUUAUCUGUAGCCUCUUAUUGGCUAGCUCUUACAUAUUGUUCUAACCCAUUUCUAAUAUUCUGUGUCCACGAGCUGGCUUACCAGGAAUGAUCUUAACCUGCGUCUGCCUGAAGUGGGAGAACCAUGGUGACUCCUCAACUCAGCUUCUUUUUCCCAGGAUCCUCUUCUGUUUACUCCAUCCACCUAUGUUCUAACCAAUAAAAUGGGCCAAGGCAGUUUCUUUAUUAUAAUUAACCAAUGUCCUUCCUCCAUCACCCAUUGGUUUCAGUAGUUUCAGGGCCCCCAGUUGCAGUUCAGUCCCAAAGUUUGGCUGUUCGGAUGAAUGGGGAGAUUUACAAUAUAGCCAUUGUCAGUUACCCUGAGACAGCUGCUAGGCUGUUAACCAGGGCCAUCCUGCCUGCUCAGCAGAAAAUCUCUCUUCUGCACAAGAGGACGUGGACUUAAUGAGAGCCAGUUCAGUGGUGCUGUGACCCAGCGCUGUCCUUUGGACGGUCCAACAGAGGCAUGUUCUUUGAUAUGGAAGUGUUUCUGAGGGCUAGCUGUGAGCCUGGCUGUUUCCUUUUGUUAUGGCUCUACAGGUGGCAUUCUUAGUGAACAAAUCUUAACAGAAACACUCAGCAACCCUAAACUAACAAGCAUUGCUUUCCUACAGUUUGGUGAGCACUCCUUUAGCUAAAGUCUGCUGUGUGUAACUCAAUCUUUCCUAAGCAGGCUUAACAGAUCCUUCAUACCAUCAACUUACGGUUCCUAGUUUCUCCUGCAUCAGCAAGAGGCUUCUAGCUCCUGGGAUCCAGGUAGCGGAGUGACUUGACCCCCCUUGGGAGAGUGGUGACGUAGGAGGGAGUACUGCAGGAGAGCAAGACUGAAGUGCUUGCCAGUGGGCAGGCAGUAGGGUCUCUGCACAGCAUCUCACGCAGGAUGGGAUAUGCUGGAGCCUGGGAACAAAUUCACUAUGUUUUCAAGGUGUGGGGCUACAUCUGCAGACCACACGUCUGCCUCAAGAAGGCCUUUAAAAAAUGUGUAUGUCUAUAUGCGCAUGUGCACAGGAAUACAGGUGCCCACAAAGGCCCAAAACAUCAGAUCCCCUGAAGCUGGAGUUACAGGUAGAUUGUGAACUGCCUAAUAUGGCUGCAGAAUCUAAACUUGGGUCCUCUACAAGAGUAGUGUGCCGUUUUACAUGCACCCCCCCCCCCACACACACACACAGUAUUUCGAGACAGAGCUCUGGCUGUUCUGGAACUCGCUCUGUAGACCAGGCUGGCCUGAAACCCAGAGAUCCACCUGCCUUGCCUGAGUGCUGGGAUUAAGGGUGUGCCCCAUCAUGCCUGGUUUAUGUGAAUUCUUAACGGCCGAGUCAUCUCUCUCGCUUCCAAACUGAACUUUCUGAUGGAGCACCUGAGGAGCAAAGCACAAGGAGCUCUGCAUGGGGUCUCCUCUGCACCCUGCUCCAGAUCCUCUUUCAGAAAAUUGCUCAGCUACUGGUUCCAAUGAACAACCCAAUUUCUACACCAGGCUUGGUAGUCAAGGCCCAUCUCCUGAGGGUGUGAGCCUGGGACUCUAGGUUGGCUUGUAGCCUCCAUCCUUUUUUAUCCGGUUCAGUCACAUCACCCAAGCAUGCUGGCUGUCUACGCAUAGGCUGUGCCAGGGCCAACUGUGGUCCAACUCAGUACUAAAUUAAGGCUGAGACUAGGUCUAUCCUACUACAUUUUGCCAGGCAGACUUUCACCCUGGCUGUUUUGUUCAAAACGGUAAAUAUUUGGUCUUAUAAAAGUCCUUCCUGUUUUCCAAGGUGCAGACAGCCCCGGCAGUAGUUACAAACCGGGUCAUCAGAGGCCAUCCCGGCUGCUGGAUCCACGGGCUAGUUUAGGAGAACAUAUAGAUUUGGUUCAUCUCAACAGCAAUGGUGUUAGUUUAGGUGGGUGCACAGACCCAGGCCACUGGAGGCCUUCAGGCGCUGGGGUCAUGAUGGGUAAUUUAGCAGGAUCCAUAGACCCUGGCCACGAGGCUGGGGCUGUAGAACUUUAAGACAAUUCUGAAGCCAUUGCUGACAACUCUCAGUCUCAGCAGUAAUGCUCCCCCCUUCACCCCUGGGAACCAAGGACCUAACAAUUGCCCACACACAUACUGAAAUGUUGGGAACUUUCCAUCAUCUCCCUGAGUCCUUGAGAAUGUUCUCCAAAUAGAACUCAGUUAUUGAAUAGGAGCAAGAUAACCCUUAGGUAUUGACGCAGUGACUGAUGUUUUGACUUAGGCCCUGGGAAAGGGGCAAAGUGACCCU